AGUUAGUAUAUAAUAGGUCAAUUCGACUCGCAGCAUCACAGUUCAGUGUUAGCUUCUCAUUUGGUUGUUACCUCUUGGAGUAAAUUCUAUUAUUCGACAAUGAAACUGUUUGUCAUCACCACCCUUGUCGCCGUCUGCGCUGCAGGACGUCUAGAGAACUUGGAACGCUCAUACCUCCCUCCAGACCAGGGUGGUAAUGCCCUGGGAGGAUUCGGUUCUAGCGGCAAUGGUUUCGGCAGUGGCUCUCAAGGAUCUUUCGGAGGCAGCUCGAACGGUUUUGGCUCGGGCGGUUCCGGCGGAUUUGGAUCAUCUGGAUCUAAUGGAUUUGGAUCGUCUGGAUCCCAUGGAUUUGGCUCAUCUGGAUCCAAUGGCUUCGGAGCUUCUGGUCAACAAGGGCAAUCUGGUUUCGGUGCAGCCACCUCCAACCAGUACCUCCCUCCCAACCGUGGAUCUUCUGGAGGCAACGGCCGCUUCGGCUCUCAGAACGGUGCUUCUGGUUCACAGUACAGCUCCCAGUCUGGUAGCUCUGGUUUCGGAGGAUCUCAAUUUGGAGGCCAGUCUCCCUCGCAGUUUGGAUCCCAGUCUCCUAGCUCUCAAUAUGGAGCUCCCAGCAACGGUCCCAGCUCCCAAUAUGGUCAGCCCCAAUUCGGCUCUGGUGCGUCUGCCGGCUCCCAGGGUGGUCGUUUUGGCCAGCAAGGCUCGCAGCUAGGCGCUGCUGGUCGCCAAUACUUGGCUCCCAGAACCUCCAACAACUUCCAGAACAUUCCUCAGCAGAGCUUCGACGAGCAGACCGGCUACCACUAUUAGGUGUUGUACUUAAUAUCACUAGAGAAAUUCAUGUGUUCUAAAAUUGUAUAAAUUUUCACUCUUAUAAAUAAAUAUGUAAUAUAAUUUUAAAA